UACUCGCGCCUGCAGAGGCACGCCUCGGCUGCGGGACCGGUCGGUGAUUUAAAAGCUGGCCGUGAAGUUUGCCCGUCCUGACUCCAAAAUGGGAAAGUUGGUCUGCAUCUCGAUUGUGGUCGCUGCCUUAGCGGCUCUGUUCGGAGAGAGGGUCGUCAACCUGAGGAAACGGACCCUCGCUACAAGAGAGCUUGUCCAGAAUCACCUCCCCAACUGUGUCGAGCUCAAAAAUCUGGAUUAUGGCUCAGAAGAUAUAACCAUCCUUGGAAACGGGCUCGCCUUUAUCAGCACUGGUCUGAAGUAUCCUGGACUCCCAUCCCAAGAUGUGACUGCAAAGCUCUUUGUGGUCGAUAUGAAAGAUUCACGGAAGAAGCCGGUGGAGCUGCGCAUGCCAAGAAACUUCGACCUGGAGUCCUUUAACCCUCACGGCAUCAGCUUGUUCACUGAUCCGCGUGACGAUGCAGUGUACCUCUUUGUUGUCAAUCACCCGCAACAAAAAAGCCAAGUGGAGCUGUUCAAAUUUGCCGAGGAGGACUUCUCCCUGUUGCAUCUGAAAACCAUCACGCAUGAACUCCUCCACAGUAUGAACGAUAUUGUUGCAGUGGGAGCGGACGCCUUCUACGCAACCAACGAUCACUACUUUUCCCAUAGCCUCCUUAAAUUUUUUGUGGAGACUUUUCUGGUGCAGCCGUGGUCUAACGUCGUGUACUACAGUCCUGAGGGAGUGAAAGUUGUCUCUGAGGGAUAUUACUUCCCAAAUGGCAUCAACCUCUCACCAGACAAAAAGCAUGUAUACGUGGUGGAUCUGUUGGACCACAAUGUGCAUGUGCUGGAGCGGAAAGAAGACAAUGGAUUGGUCUCUGUGAAGUCCGUGCCUGUGGGUUCGCUCUGUGACAAUGUUGAAGUUGACCCUGAAACUGGCGACCUGUGGCUGGGCUGUCAUCCUAAUGCAUGGAAAGCCUUCAUGCAAGACCCCAACGACCCACCUGGUUCAGAGGUCAUCCGCAUCCAGAACAUUCAUUCUGAUGAGCCAGCGGUGACUCAAGUGUACGCGGAUGACGGCCAAGUGAUCUCCGGCUCCUCCGUAGCAACUACUUACGAAGGGAAGUUGCUCAUCGGCACGGUGUUCCACAAAGCCCUGUGCUGUGAUUUGAAGUAGGCAGUGCCUCUUUGGCAUACGGUUUAAAUGAGAAGACUUGUAAACAAAUACAUCAGAACUUCAGUUGAAGAGAAGGAAAUCAAGACUCACCUCUUUGCAAGGCUUUAAACCAGACGGUGCAGUGAUGAAUUUGGUUGGUGAUGGAAUGGAUCUAACAGCUCUUAAGAAAAAUGCUUUACCUUGUUGUAGUAGACAGGAGCUGGUGAUAGACCCAACCGGUAUAAGAAUGCCUGAAGAUCCGCCAGGAGGAGCUGGAGGAAGACAGGUGGAGGAGGUUUACUAGAUUUUAUAGCAUGUUUGAAAAUGGUGUCAAACAUGGAAGUUAUUGAGCUAAAGAUACUUGAACUUCUAUGAAAGAAGUAGUUUUGAAACAAUAUUUUAUAUUAAACAUGUACAAAACAUUAAAAAAAAAAGUGUGUGUGUGUGCGAGAAAGGAAUAGUUUCACAUGUUUACUUGCUACUGUUGAUCUAAAGUUCUCACAUCUUGUUUUAUGUAUUGAAUUGUGAAUAAAACAGUUUAAGAAAGGCAUGA